AUGCGCGCCAAGGCAGUAGCGAUCGCGAAGGAGGCAUUCGCGCAGGCGAAGGAUCCGGAGAAUCAGAGGAAAGUGGCCGUGGCAGCGGCGAAAAAGCUUGGCAAGACGGGGCUGAACGCGCUGCUUCCCGGAAGCGCGCACGUGGUUGACGCGGUGGAGGCGGCGAAAUUCAUCGACGAGCACAUCGUGCCUCUCGUGAAGGCGGAGCUUAAGAAGCGCGCAGAUGACGCGGCUGCGGAGCGCCAGAAGCACUAUGUUGAGUACAAGACGCCGCCCCAGUCUCCCAAGGCCAAGAAAGGCGGGAAGUGA